UAUACUUAUACCAAUUGUAAUUGGAUCAAAAGAUUCCUGCCAGCAUUACAUGUCAUCACUCUUGUUGAAAGCAGAAAUUGAUGGGUAUAAGAAGCUUAUAGAGACAGUUUGGCCAUAUGUAAGUUUAUCAGGGAAUAGGUAUUUUCUAAUAUAAAUAGAUAGUCUAAACCAAUUUGGAAUGUUUGAAGCUUGUUUAAGAAAAGGAUACUUUUAUUCGAGUCUUAAAAUAGAUAUGGAACCUCUACCAAGUUUUUAUGGAUUAUGUCAUUCAACAGAAUGUACAACAGAUGAUUUCAAUGAUGAUGAAUUACAGUCUGAUUUUAAAGAAUUGAUUAAUUCAACAGGAUUUUUAGACAAAUAUAAUGUAACAAUUAUUAUAAUAGAAGAUAUCCUUAGAUAAUGUAGAUUUCAUAUUUUAUGAUCCUUUAAAUUAUAAUAAGGAUAGAGGAAUAAUGUUUACAUUAAGUCUUUCUUUAAUUGGAAUGUUUUUGAUUCUCAGUUGUUUUAAUCCAAUAUUUUGUUAAGUGAUGAAAUUAAGAAAAUAAGUCAAAGUGACAAUUAAUGCUAAAGAUAUUGAAAAUCAAGAGAUUUUUGAAGAAAAUUAAGGUUUGACAAAUAGCAAGAAUAAAAUUUAAGAAAAUAAAUAAGAGGACAUAAAUGAAUCAUGUUUUAUAGAUUAUUCUCUUUUGGAAAGUUAUCAUUCACUAUUUUCAUUUAGAGAUUAUGAUAAUAACUUAAGUAUUAUGGAAGGAUUUAGAUCAAUAGGUUUUUUAAUGGUUAUCUUUGGUCAUUAAUUUUUUGAUUUAGCAAAAUCAUCAUUUCAAUUUGAGAUGAUAGCUCAAUUAAAAUCAUGGUUAUGUUUGAAUUUAGUUAAUAUGUUAUAUAGUGUAGAUAUGUUUUUUUGGUUAGGAGGAUUUUUUAGUGGAUAUGUGUUAUUUGAGAAAAGUAAGGUAAAAUUAGUGAGAAAGAAUGGAUGGUCAAUGUUUGGAAUUAUAUUACAUAGAAUAUUAAGAAUAUGGCCAUGUUAUGCAAUAGCUAUAUUAAUAAGUUCAUAAUUAGUACCAUAUAUUGGAGAUGGUCCAAGAUGGUUUAUGGCUUUGGAUCGUUUUGAAUGUUCUACAGGAUGGAGAAAUCUAAUAUUUAUAGAUAAUCUAUUUUAUGAUAAUUAAUAUUGUUUUCCAUGGGGAUGGUAUUUAUCAACAGAUAUGUAAUUAUUUUUAUCAUGUUUGAUUCCAUUAUUUUUAUAUGCAAAAUUAAAUUCAAAGAUAGCAAAAAUAUUGAUUAUUUCAUUUUUAGUAAUAACUUAAACAAUUGGAACAAUAAUGUCAUUAGUAAAUGAGUAUUUAUUACCUCCAUUUGCAUUAACUUAACCAAAUAUGCAUUAAAAUUAUUACACAAAACCUUUUACAAGAGGUCCACCAUAUUAUUUAGGAUUCUUGAUAGGAGUUUGGUAUAGAGAAAUAAAAGAAAAUAAUAUUAAUAUUCUAAGUAAGUUAUCAGGAUUUGCUUAAAAAAGAUAAGGGAGAUUUAAAUUUAUUUGUUAUUUAUGUGGAUGUUUAAUAAUAGGAGGAAUUUGGUUUGGAUGGAGACCAGCUUAAUAAUAAUAUAAAAAUUAAGAAUAUUGGAAUAUUACUAUUUAAAGUUUAUGGUUUGCAUUUUGUAGAUUAGGAAUAGGUCUUGGAAUGAGUUUCUUAAGUUUACCUUGUUUAUUUGGAAUGCAAGAUUUGUAAUAAAAUUAUGAUAUAAAUUAUAGAUUCAAUUUAACAUUUAUGAGAAACAACUAUUUUAGAUUCAUUAAUAAGAUUUCAUUCUCAGGUUACUUAAUACAUUAAAUAAUAAUAUUUGGUGUUCUUAGUUAAUUUUAUUAAACCCCUAAUUUCUCUUUCGAAACGAUUUUCACACUGUAUAUUGGAAAUCUAUUUAUAACAAUUAUAUGUUCAAUAGUAUUCUGUUUGUUUAUAGAGAUACCACUUUCAAAAAUAGAAAAUAGAUUGAUGAAAUAGAUGUUUAACAAAUGA